CUAAUUUCUUUAUAUUUCCGGUUCCGGUUUCCCGGUUUCUCUUUGACAAGCCACUUUAUUUAUAGAGUUUUUGGCAAGUCAAUCUAUUCUGUGUGUAGAAAACAAAAAUCAGUGUGUUACAAUAGUAACGUAACGUGUAACAGUUACAUAUAAUUUACAUACAACGGAAAGUGAAAUUAUUUCAGUAUUAAUCGAAAGUGAGAUUUCUCGCUCUUAUUAUCUAGUAUUCGCGUCAUGGUUGCUAUGAAAAUGUCAGCUCAGUGGUGAUUCAUUCUCUCAUUAGUUGACUUUUCAUCUGUUUUUUAGCAGCACAUUCUGCUCAACGAGCAGGAUGAUGGAGGAACUAUUGAAUCAAACUGCUUCACCUAAGAUUAUGAUAUCUGGUGAUAGCAAUUGCUCAGGAAGUGGAGAAAUAAAUUCAACUACUAUAAUGACUUUAGAUGAAAGAAUAUUGGAUAUUAAUGCACGGCAUUCUUUGAACGUUCUUCGAACACCGCUAACUAAAAAAGCAAAGAGAGUGAGAUUUUUUAGAAAUGGAGAUAAAUUUUAUACUGGUAUUGUAAUGGCAGUCACUCCAGAAAGAUAUCGCAGUUUUGAUAGUUUAGCUUCAGAUUUAACAAGGGCUUUAAUAUCAAGUGUUACUUUACCUAAUGGUGUCAGAUCAAUUUAUACUAUGGAUGGACGAAAAGUUCAAAACGUCAAUGAUUUAGAAGAUGGUAAAUGUUAUGUGGUUUCUGGACAAGGAGAAAUGUUUAAGAAAGUCGAAUAUUCAUCUACCAAAGUAAGAAGAGGUAAUUCUUUAUCUGGAUUACCACAAUCUCCAGCAGGCACUGGUAGACAAAUAAGUGCAAUACCAUUAUGCGUUAAAGCAAGGAUAAUUACAUUAAUUCGACAUGGCACAAAACCUCGUAAAGUUGUACGUCUUUUAUUAAAUAAAAGAAAUGCUCCAAGCUUGGAACAUGCAAUGGAAGCAAUUACAGAUGCAGUUAAACUAGAUACCGGAGCAGUAAGGAAAGUUUAUACAUUAUCAGGUCAACAAGUUAACUCAUUGGAACAAUUUUUUGAUAAUGAAGACAUUUUUGUGGCUUAUGGGCCUGAGAAAGCAAACCAAGAAGAUUUUGAAUUAGAUUUUGAAGAAUCUAAAAAUGUUCAAAGCUUUAGAAGGUGUCCAUGGACAUCGAAAAGACAAAGUGGUCCAAUGCCUAGAAUGCCACGUAAAUCUGGAAAGAAGGUGCUUAACACGCCCCAAGUGCGUACACCUAGUCCUUCUUCAUUGAUUUUACCACAACCACUGCGUUUACAUUAUGCAGUUGGUCAUGUCAUUGGAGAUGGUAAUUUUGCAGUUGUUAGACAUUGCAUUCAUAAAUCUUCAGGUGCAGAAUAUGCAAUGAAAAUUGUAGAUAAGUAUAAAUGUCAGGGUAAAGAAACAAUGUUGGCAAGUGAAGUGACAAUUUUACGACAAGUUUGUCAUCCGAAUAUUAUUAGUUUGAUUGCAGAACAAGAAACAACUGAUCAGCUGUUUUUAGUCAUGGAACUUGUAAAGGGUGGAGAUUUAUUUGAUGCUCUCGCUGCAGCAACAAAAUUUUCUGAACCAGAAGCCAGUGUAAUGAUUGGUCAUUUAACAUCUGCAUUGGCUUAUUUACAUUCACAUCAUAUAGUUCAUCGUGAUGUUAAACCUGAGAAUCUUUUAGUAGAAAUGGACGGAAGUCAUGUUAGAUGUUUGAAAUUAGGUGACUUCGGGCUAGCUCAAGUAGUAAGAGAGCCAUUAUAUACAGUUUGUGGUACACCCACAUAUGUAGCACCAGAAAUUUUGGCAGAAACUGGAUACGGGUUAAAGAUUGAUGUAUGGGCAGCUGGUGUCAUAUUAUAUAUUUUACUUUGUGGUUUUCCACCAUUUGUGUCACCUGAAAACGAACAAGAAGAAUUAUUUGAACGGAUUCUAAGUGGACAUUAUGAAUUCACUCCCCCAUAUUGGGAUAACGUGUCGGAUUCUGCCAAACAGUUGAUUUCAAACAUGCUCCAAGCACUGCCUGAAUUGAGAUUUACCGCAGAAGAUGUACUCGACCAUCCAUGGCUAGCGAGCUUUCUAGGAGGCGAGCAGACCACAGCAUCAACCCCUACCAACCCGUCGGAGCAACACUGGAAUCAGCAGUGUAAGCCGAUAAGAAUAGCAACUUUUGAAUUUGACUUCAAGAAUGUAGCACAGGACGGCAGUUCGCAAGAUGAAAUUGAUGGUACACCCAACAGCAGACCAAAUAUUAGAAGCAAAUGGAAUGAAGUUUUAUCAUCAUUAGAAUCAGAAAAUAUUAAUUCACAUCGCAUUAUGGAUCAAGGUGAACAAAAUUUUGGUUUUGACGAAACUAAUUUUAAUAAUGGAAAUGCAAGUGAUGAUGAACCUGUGUCUCUCAGUGCAGAUGGUUUACAAGAUAUUCAUAAUCUUAGUCAAUCUAUGCACAAUCUUAUAAACAAUUUAAAUGAAAAACAUGUUCAAGAGUAUCAUUUAAAAUCAUCAAAUAGUGAAACUUCAUCCUUCGACAGUAUUCCUGAAAAUUCAAUGUUAAUAAGUGGUUAUCAUAAUACAAAGACGAUUCAAAGUAAUGUGAGUUGUGACAACAAUCCAGUUCAAGAAAAUAUAUAUUCCUUCAAUGAAAGAAAUUCCUCUAGUGAAAUUAAUUCUACUGUACAGAUUACACCGGACAUAUCAACCAAUAGUAACAUGCAUACCUUUGAAACACCUAAAGCAGUUAGUUCAAAGAUUAAUAAAAAAAGGUAUAGGCAGAAACAUCUUUAUGAAAAUUUAAUAUGUCCUGAAAAAAUUAAUUUAAAUCUCGAGAGUGACGAUAUGAAAAAUUGUAAUAUGCUUUUAUCGUCAACUGGUAGUUCAACUGGUAGUUCUAGUAAUGAUAUAGAAACAUCAGACAGCUUUGUUAAUAUUCAAUUUGCACAAUUAACACAGGAACAAAGGUCAAGUUCAACUCAAAGUAUGGAGUCAACUGAUAGUUUCGAAAACAUUUGUUUUUCAUAUAAACAGGAACCAAAGAAUGAUAAUACAAGUGAUCCAAACGAUAAUGGUUUUGUAAAUGAAGACUCGCAAUUAAAAACUUUAACAAAUCAGAAUAAGUCGGCAACUAAAAUAUUGCAAGCACCAGUAGCACUGAAAGGGAAUGCGUCAGAAAUUUCCAAAUCACAAAAUAUUCUAAAUAAUAGAAAGAGUUUAAUGAAAACUCCGGAUGCAUCAAAAUCUAUGAAAAAUGAUGUGAAACUUAGACGUGAAAGAUAUACACAAAAAAAUGCUACAGAUUCAAGAACAUCUGUAAAAAAUAAAAGAUUUAGUUGUCUUCUACCACCUUCCACAAAAAAGGAGAUUGGGUCUGUUUUAAUUAGUGAUAAAUUAGUUCCUUCUACUACCAGAAUAAGUCGAAAGUUUAGUUCUACCGAUGAAUUAAGGGACGAAAAACAAACAUCGACAGAAAAAUCGAAAAGGUUUAGUUUAUAUUAUACUCCACAACCUUUACGGAAAAAUUACGAGAGUGAUACGAAAGCUGGGAAAAGCAUGUGCAAAAAUAUAUUAGCAAAUCGCGGUGAUCGACAAAGUAAUGGAAAAGCUUUGGAGAUAAACAAAAAGAAAGAGGAUGGUUUAGAACUCGAUGAAAAAAAUAGUACGAAAAGUCGGAGGUCAGUUAUGGAUUAUACAUCCACCACAAAAAGUAAACCCACCAAGCAGAGUGCCCACAUCAGGACUUCUGCAAUUCCUACAACGAUCAGUAGAACAAAAUGAUCGUAAUUAUCAUAAUUAUAUUUAUAUAUCGAGAGUUAAAUGUCGACACUGGACUAAUCCGUCAGAAGAGUCUAAAGUUAUAAUAAAUAUUUUAAUGUAAGUUUAAAGUCGAUUUAACCAAGGGAGUGGCGCCAUUUGUUCAUAGAUUUUGAAAAUGUUGAUGUAACAGUCAAUAAUUCAAAUUAGAACAUGUGGGCUUCGCACAUAAACGAGACAUGCCAAAUGCAUUUAGGUAGUUUAUUCUAUAUUUGAUAUCUAUUAUUGUACGUAGUACAAGUAUCGAAUUAAAGUAGGUAGUAGAUAAACGAGCUUCGUUUUUCGACGACGUAAGCAAACAGUGAAACAUAAAUUAUAGCCGAUGAAAUUGUAUUAAUAAUGCACAAACCCUUGUGGCAAGUGACAGAGGGCGACAGUGCGAACGAUUAUGCGUAACAUUUGCGUAGCUUGUUACAUAUAUUUGCUCAAAACUAAUUCGACUAAUAUUAGAGUACAUAUUUUUGUAAAAUAUUGUGCGUGGUGUUAUAAGAGCAAUAUAUAGAGAAUCGUGAUAAUUAUAAUCUAAUGAUCGGGACACCAUGGAAAACUUAAUGUUGAAUAUGAGAACAGACAGAGAAUUGAUUCAGUGAGUAUCACUUCUCGUAUGAGAGUAUUUUUGUAGAAAUUAUGUGCCGCACAAAACAUUUCAUACACGCCUUUCUCCCUUUGUCGCUUGAAUAUACUUUUUAAGGUUAUCCCCGCUACGAUUUCCAUAUUUUUUAAUGCAAUCAUUACUACUUAUAACAGUGUACAUAUGAGUAAGAUAACGAAUAAGAGAUUCAUAAAAUCUUAUUUAAGUAUUAUCUCAUCUAUUCAUUUUUGUAAUUUGUAAUUCGUAUAUUUCGCGCAAAUUAGGUAAUUUAUCAAGAAAUUUCGUACUAGAGUCAACCCGUAUUUAGGGAAGAUAAUCACUGUACUUUUUUAUUAUAAGCACAAUUAAUUCGCAAGUGCGUAUACGACAUUAGCGUAGUUUCUAGAAAUUUAAAAGUGAUUUACGCCAAAUAUAGAAACCCAUUUCCUAUUUAUAUUAUUAUCUGUAUAUGUAUUUACUACACGGGAAGAACUCGUAUCUUAUUUGUUGCUAUUACCGUUGUCCACAUUCAUUUUAUUUCUCUUGUAUUUUCGAUGUAAUUGUGACCAUAUAUAUGCGAACACCUUUUACUUGGCUGUAAAUUAUUUGUACUCGACUUAUUUCUUCAAUAACAAUUUAUUAAAAGACGAGUAUGAUAAAAGCCACUGUGAAGAAUUUUGAUUCAUAUUUCUCACAAAUACUCAGUUUGAACAUGUGUUUAGUAAUUUUGCGUUUGUUUAAACGAAUAUGAAAAUUUUUAUUUUAGUGUAACAAAAGAUACUUUGAAGCCCUAUUUAUAAUUAUUAACGUUUUACUUUUGAUAAACAUUAUUUUAAACUUAAAUUAUCUUUUACAAGAAUAUAAUUUGUCCAUCUUUUAAUUUAUCUAAUUUUAAAAAUUGGUCAACGUAACGAAUUACAUGUGCAUAUUCUCGUGAAAAGAAUGAUUUCUUUAUGUGAGUAAUAUUAAGCUAUUAGGUUAAUGCUUGAAAUACAAAUUUGAAGCUAAAUUAGUUUUGGAGUAUAAAGUAUUAGAUGUUUUUUUGUAUAUGUGUAAUUUGUACCAAAAAGUAUUCCGAAUGUUAUAAAUAUUCUCAAUUUAUAUACAUUUAUGUAUGACUAGUUAUUAGUUUCACAAGUAUAGAAAACGACAUCCUUUGAAUUUUUCUUCGAAAUUUUACUAUAAAAAAUAAAUAGAAUGUUUUAUCAUUUAAUUAAGUAUUAUU